AUGCAUGUCCUUAUUGUUGGAGGCGGCCUCGGAGGCCUCAGCCUCGCCCAAUGUCUCCGAAAGCAGGGCAUCUCGUUCGAGAUCUUUGAGCGGGAUGAAAAUGCGGAUUCACGCUUCCAGGGCUGGGCAAUUGCCAUUCACAGUAUCAUUGAUCAAAUCACCACUGCCUUUCCAUCGGAUAUGCCCGAUCUGAAAGAGGCCACGAACCAUCUCGCGCCGCUAAACCUCCCGGCCCAGAUUGGGCUGUACUUUCCUGGCAGGGAGGGCCGUCUUGGUGUGCAGGACUCUCCUGAGCUACCGAUCAUCCGCUCCGAACGCCGUCGUCUUCGGGACUGGCUGGCUACCAACCUUGAUAUCCAAUGGGGCAAGCGAGUCAGGAGAGUCAAGCACGACGACAACGGCGUCGCCGUCUUCUUUGAGGAUGGGACUAGCGCCACGGGAGACAUUCUCGUCGGUGCCGACGGGAUCAAGAGCGUGGUCCGAGAACACCUCCUCCAAAAACCCAGCGACCAAGUCCUAAACCUCAUCCCCCUAGCGGCCAUCGUCGGCGAACUCGACCUCCACGGCAAAGCGUUCGCGCGCCAGCUCGCCCUCGGCCACAGCGCCUACAUCUUCAUCAGCCCAGACCUCGGCUUCUGGAACUUCGGCGGCCUGCACCACGUCUAUCCCGACGGGGUCUCGGGCCGGCACUACUGGAUGUUCAUGGAGCCCGACGCGCACGUCGCCGAGCCCACGCACUGGCUGCAGCGCGCGACCCAGGAAGAAAAACUCGCCUACGUGCUGGAAAAGGUGGGCAAGCUGCCCCCGAAGUUCCGCGAGAUCUUCGAGGCGACGCCUGCGAGCGGGAUCAAGGCCGAGCCGCAUAUCUGGCGUGAUCUGGAGCUUGAGGCGGAGAGUGUGCCUGCCGGGCGGGUCAUUCUGAUGGGGGAUGCGGCGCAUGCGAUGACGCCGUUUCGGGGGGAGGGGGGGUAUCAUACGUUUAUUGAUGCGUUGCAGUUGUCGAGGAUGCUUGGGAGCGUAGAUGUGCGGGAUAUCGAGGCUGUCAAGGCUGCGGUUGCGGCGUAUAAUGCUGAGAUGCUGGAGAGAGGGGUCGAGGCGGUGCGGAACUCGAGGAAUGACCAGCAGGCUAGGAAUACGGCGCGGAAGUCCAAGGUCGUCUCGGCGAUGCAGGAGGCGAAACCGCUUCCUGAGGUGGAGAUUGUUCUAGAGACGAGAGCGUGA